AUGUCGUAUGUUCGUUCUCUCGCGCUCUCCGGCCCUCGUCUUGUCCUUCUUCCCCCCCCUCUCCCUCUUAUAAACUCCCUUCUGGGUUGUUCCUCGAUUCCCCGGCUCCUAGGAAUCGUUCAGGCUGUUUCCGUUGCCUCCCCCUUUACUUCCCCCUUACCAUCCCCGAUGGCAUCCUUCAUGCAGUCUCUGCCGGUCUGCUCGGCCACUCGCAAGCAGUCAACCGCUGUUCCCUUUUAUUUGCAAAAAGCUUCACAGUCCAGAGUCUCGUCAGGGACGCGUAGCUCCUUCUCCUCGCUAUGUUCUUCCGCUAGAUUGACCCCCUCUCCAAAUACCUGGAGGGUAACAAAAAGAAUCCGUCGAGCUUUUCCUGACUUGCUCUUAGAACUCGCUUCUCGUCACUCCUCCCAAAUCAUCUCUCAGCCCCAAGUUGCCGCCCAGCAAUGUCGGACUUUCCUCGUUCAACUCAAGCGGCAAUCUCAGACUCUUAAGGAAACCCCGGUAUCGCAACCGCCGCCCAACCUGCAACUCACAAACCUCCCUUAUUUCAUCCGUCGCACAGCCUCCAACCAACUCCCCGUAUAUCUCGUUACCAAGGCCGGCGGUACCAAGCAACAAACCAAGCUCCAGAAAACUGAAGGCGAUUUGGAUGCCCUGAGGAACGAUCUGGCGCAGUACCUGGGACUGGAGUCGGGUGACCCCCGCGCUCCCAAGAGCCCGGAUGUCACUAUUAACCGUCUUAACGGUCACAUCAUUGUCAAGUUCCUCCAGGAACGCAACUUUUAA